AUGAGCUAUAGUGCAGCGUUGUGGGUUUGCCAGAAGACCUGCAGGUGCCUGUUUGCUGGGCUUGGGAGUCGAGUAGGUGAAGGGCUGCUGGAACGCGUGACGGAAAGGAGCCACUCCUUUGGAAGGCAGCUGAGGUGGGACAGUGAGCUCCGUCGGGGGAACGAGCUGAGAGAAGUACCCGAGUCCGGAGAGGGGAGCGAGGCGCUCUUAGAGAUCUGUCAGCGGAGGCAUUUCUUCAGGGGAACCCAGCCGCAGCUUAGCCGGGAGUCUCUUCUGAGCGGCUGCCACCCCGGCUUUGGACCUUUGGGCAUAGAGCUGCGGAAGAACCUCGCGACCGAAUGGUGGUCCUCAGUGGUGGUGUUCCGGGAGCAGGUCUUCCCGGUGCAUGCCCUCCACCAUGCUCCGGGCCCUCCGCUGCCGGGGGACGGGGCCUUCAGGUUAGUUUCUGCAGAAAGUCUACGCGAAAUCUUGCAAGACAAGGAGCUGAGUAAGGAACAGCUUGUAGCGUUUCUUGAGAACUUGCUAGGAACUUCUGGGAAACUACGGGAGAGCCUUCUGCACGGUGCCUUGGAGCACUAUGUGAGUUGCCUGGAUCUGGUCAAUAAGAGGCUGCCGUAUGGCCUGGCUCAGAUUGGAACAUGCUUUCAUCCUGUUGCUAAUACUAAGCAGACACCUAGUGGUGUUACAAGAAUCAGUGAAAAGACUGAAGCCUCCCUGGUAUGGUUUACUUCUGCAAGAACUGCAAGCCAGUGGCUUGAUUUCUGGCUACGUCAUCGGCUGCUGUGGUGGAGAAAGUUUGCAGUGAGUCCAUCUAACUUCAGCAGCGGCGAGUGUCAGGAUGAAGAGGGAAGAAAAGGAAACCAAAUUUACUACAGUUUCCCCUGGGGAAAGGAGCCAAUAGAAACUCUGUGGAAUUUAGGAGAUCGUGAACUCUUACUUACUUAUCCUGGAAAUGCCUCUAAGUUACAUGGCCGAGAUGGACGGAAAAAUGUGAUUCCAUGUGUUCUAUCUAUAAACGGAGAUCUAGACCGAGGCAUGCUGGCUUACCUCUAUGAUUCUCUCCAGCUAACAGAGAACUCUUUUACAAGAAAGAAACAUCUUCAUAGAAAGGUACUUAAACUUCACCCAUGUUUAGCCCCUGUUAAGGUUGCUUUGGAUGUGGGAAAAGGCCCAGCAGUGGAACUAAGACAGGUUUGCCAAGGGCUAUUUAAAGAAUUAUUAGAAAAUGGAAUUGCUGUGUGGCCUGGUUAUUUGGAAACUGUGCAUUCUUCAUUGGAACAGCUUUAUUCCAAGUAUGACGAGAUGAGUAUCCUUUUCACAGUUUUGGUUACUGAAGCUACUUUGGAGAAUGGGCUAAUACAUCUGAGAAGUAGAGACACCACGAUGAAGGAAAUGAUGCACCUAUCCAAAGUAAAAGACUUUCUAACCAAGUAUAUAUCAUCGGCUAAGAACAUAUAG